AUGGUAUCACGGAAAUAUUCUAUUUGACAACUCGUACAGUUGUUAAACCCCAAAUGGCAAAUCCAUUAGAAGACCACCGGCGACUCUCGGUGAUUUUAUUGAUAGUGAGUUUAAAUAGUCAGUUGAUUUAAACAGUAAAGUUCACAAUGGGCUCAGAGGAUGUGCUCAAGAGUGCUUCAACACUGGCCUCUUACAAUGUUCUGCUUCAGGUGAUGUUUCGAGUGUUGACGUUUCUCUUGAACGCAUUUACUUUACGGUUUGUGUCUAAGGAGCUGAUAGGUGUGGUAAAUGUCAGGUUGAUGCUGCUCUAUUCUACAUUGGUGUUUUUGUCUAGGGAGGCGUUCCGGAGGGCGUGUCUAAGCGGCGAAGGGGCGGGGCGUAACUGGAGACAGGUUAUCAACCUGUUAUGGCUCACAUUUCCUGUAGGUUGUGUGUGGGGUGUGUUGUUGGUGUGUGUGUGGUGGUGGCUGCUCCAGGCACCUGAUUCAGAGACCAUCCCUCAUUAUGUUCCUGCUGUUGGAUUGUUCUGCUUGGCUGCGCUUACAGAGCUGCUGGCUGAACCUCUCUGGGUUCUUGCACAUGCACACAUGUUCGUCCGUUUGAAGGUGAUUGCCGAAAGCUUAGCCAUGAUUGCUAAAUGUCUUGUUACUGUAGUGUUGGUGGUCUCAACACCUCAGUGGGGGCUCUAUAUCUUUUCUGCAGCCCAGUGGGUCUAUGCAGGGUUUUUAUUGGUUUGUUACGUGUUAUACUUCAUUAAUUUCCUCGGCUCAGAGGAAGCACAGAAGAAAUUGUUUCCUGUUAGUCACAUAAAAGACCUUCUGCCAUCUAGAGUUGAUCAUGAGCCACUUCUAAAUUGGAAGUUGACCACACUAACCUGGAGCUUUUUCAAACAGUCAUUUCUCAAACAGAUACUUACAGAAGGCGAGCGUUAUGUGAUGACAUUUUUGAAUGUGCUUAACUUUGGAGAGCAGGGAGUUUAUGAUAUAAUAAACAAUCUGGGCUCAAUGGUAGCAAGAUUUCUUUUUUUGCCCAUCGAGGAGAGUUUCUAUGUGUUCUUCGCUCAAGUCCUGGAGCGUGGACGAGAUGUACGACAUCAAAAACAAGAGGAGGUUUCCAUGGCAGCUGAAGUACUGGAAUGUCUUUUGAAGCUGGUGCUUUUGAUUGGUCUGAUCAUCACAGUUUUUGGUUAUGCAUAUUCUCAUCUGGCACUUGACAUCUACGGUGGGGAACUUCUGAGCAGCGGAGCCGGGCCAGCUCUCCUCCGGUGUUAUAGUUGUUAUGUUCUGCUGUUAGCCAUUAAUGGAGUAACAGAAUGUUUUGUUUUUGCUGCCAUGAGCAAAGAGGAGGUUGACAGAUAUAAUCUAGUGAUGCUGGGUCUGUCAAUCUCAUUUCUUCUCCUUUCUUAUUGGCUAACAUGGGUGUUAGGGGGUGUUGGCUUCAUUUUAGCUAAUUGCUGUAACAUGGCUCUACGAAUCACUCACAGUAUUGUUUACAUACAACGCUAUUUCCUGCAAAGUGAAUACACACCCCUGUGGGGGCUCCGCCCACAUUCCGCUGUCAUCAUUGCACUCGGCGUGAGCUCCAUCCUCACAACCUGCUCAGAGAGCAUGUUCUGCUGUGAUGGUGGCUGGUUGCUAAGGCUGGUUCAUGUUGCCGUGGGGGCGGUUUGUCUCCUGGGUGUGGUCAUCACAGUAUUUCUGACAGAAACAAGACUUGUGCAGUUUGUCAGGACUCAGCUGUUACCCAAAUACAGCAAGAAACAUACAUGAGCUUUUACUUUGGUUCAGCUGACACUAACAUGUCAUGGACCAGAUUUGAAUAUUGUAUGUUUUUUUUUUCACAAACAUGUUUUGUUUUCUUGACCUUUUUUUCAAAUUUUACUCCAGAAGAUGCAGUACCUCUAUGUUCAGUUUUUGCUUAUGACAUCAAAAGUAGCUCAUGGUUUGAUGGUUAGUAUUCCUACAGGACAUAUCUUAUAGAAUAUUUGAUUGAUUAAUUACAAAACAAACACAGAGAAUAUUGCAACAUAAUGCAAAGAUAUCAAGGGGUCCCCAGUAUGGAACUAUUGCUCCAAUGUGCCUGUCAUUCCUUAAGAUUGUUUAUUUUCGAACAUUAAUGCUUUCCAUUAGACAUACGGAAGGUGUUCAUUGACCAUUUGCAUAAAGUUACUGCUCGAUAUACUGUAGCUGUGUGAAUCAGUGGUGAACUCUGUAUGAAUGAUUGAUUGUAUAAAAUGGUUAUAUAUGAUACAUUUUAA